AUUGGGACUGAAGACACCAUACAUUAUAUAGACAUUUCAUUUGAUAAGACACAGUUGAACAACACACAAGUGUUGGAUGUUUAUCUGAACGAUAAAAAUAUACUUAAGUCUGUCACCUUCUCGGCAAUAUUAACAAACAAAACGACAGAAUUUUCUCAACUUUUUGUUUAAAAUCUGAUUAUUUCGAGUAAAACUUUUAAUUUUUGUUGAAGUGAAUUUUCCCGAUUUUCGGGUUAAUUAUGGAGGAGUCACUUCCAACUGGACAUACAAAAACAUCUGUAUCUACUUGGGUAGAUAUAGUCAAAAUCCCUACGAUCAAACAAGGUCAACUCUUUGAAUACGACAAGAAAUAUGUUAUCACAAGUGAAUGGAAUGUCGAUAAUCUAGCCACGAAAAAGUCGCAAACAUUCGCCAAGUGUUUUACAUUGAUUAAGCCAAUCAACGAACCAAUUCAAGAUCUGCUUAAUGCAUCCGAACGUAUUUUGGUUGACACACCACCAACUCCUAUUGAAAGUAAACUAACUUGUUACUCGAAUUCUGGUAAAAGAAAGGCAGUUGUCGUGGAAAUAGGAACAGGUGGCGAUGCAUAUGAUCUGUUACAGAUUUGGAAUGAAGAUACAUUGGAGAAGACCUAUGACUUGAAAGAACUAGGAAGUCAUAAAGCAGUCUAUACAUCAGGAUACUGGGGUACAACAAUGGUCUGGAGUCCCGAAGAGAACAAGUUAAUGUAUUUGGCUGAGAGAAAAGUUAAGAAGUCGGAUCCAUUUUGGACAUCGUACGCACGUAGAAAACUCGAUAAUCCCAACGACACCGACAAAGACAGCGUGGAAAGGGGUCACGAAUACGAUUUCUAUCAAAAUUGGGGAGAACAAUUGGAAAACUGCUACAACAGUUUAGUUGUCGUUCUCAGCCUCGAUACCAAUGGAUUUCAAUACUACACGCUGCCGAACAAUGAUUUUCCAUGCGAUUUACAAUGGGUUGGAAAUUCCUCCUUCAUUGGCCUGUCAAUGAUCGAUUCGCCUUGGCGUCUAGGUUCUGUUUAUUGUGUCAAUCGGGAGAGUAGAGUCUUUCAAAUGGAUGAGCAUGGACAUCGCUAUUUAAGCAGUGCUAAACGCGCUGCUCUAUGUCCUCGGGUGUCGCCAUCUCAAGACUAUGUCAUUUGGCAAGAUCGGGAGAUUUUAGGUCCACACAAUUCCUCGCGCAACAUUUUAACCUCCAAGAUCUAUCCAACGUCAACCGAUCCACGCUACACUGGCAUCAAAGCAGAAACUAUUUUUCUAUCGGGUCGUGACACUCAACAUGGAGUUCCAGCGGUGUACGAUAGCUUUCCAAAGUUUUGCUUUUCGCGGGAUGGUAAUCAUGUCUAUUUUCUGACCAGCUACAAUGCUCGGAAUUAUUUGUUACAUAUCAAACGCGUAGCUGAACGUUUGUCAAUCGAUGUGGAACUGAAAUUUCCCACUGAUGUUCAGGCUAUUUUAUCGGUUACCGAUAACUUUCUACUGACUACAUGUAGUAGUUCGACAAAAACUCCGUCUCUACAGUUAGUUGACAUCAAAUCAGGAGAUUUCGUCAAAAUUCCACUAAGCAAAUCAGCUUCCAUCUUUGAGCCUGAGCCGACAAUUAAAUUUCUACCAACGGAAUUGCCUCCGGAAGAGAUAAUGCCACCGUCAAUUUAUAUUGAGCCUCAGCGUGAAGGCAAAAUUCCCUUAAUUGUUCUGCCGCAUGGAGGUCCUCAUGGCGUUCUUUCCGAUAGUUUCGAUCACGAUACGGCAUACUUUACCAGACUUGGUUUUGGCGUUUUCAAAGUCAAUUAUACUGGCAGCACUGGCACUCGGUUCGACACAACACGCAAUCUUAAUGGCCACAUCAGUAAAUUAGAUGUGCCGCAAGUCCAUGAACUUGUCAAUAAAUUGAUUGAAUCGAAUCCCAAUAUCGAUUCAAAGUUGGUCUUCUUGUGUGGUGGCUCACAUGGUGGAUUUAUUGUUCUUCACCUCUCAUCUCAGUAUCCAGAAUUUUACAGAGGCGUUGUUGCGAGAAAUCCAGUGACGGAUUUGAAUCCCAAUAUUGGAACAACUGAUAUCACUGACUGGGUUUACGUUGAAGGUGGAUUGUCUUAUGAUGAAUCGAUGUUGCUGAUCCCUACCGUACAAAAUACUGCCGACGCAGAGAAAUUACGACUAUAUUCGCCCAUCAAUCUUGUGCAUCAAGUUAAAUGUCCCACUUUGCUUCACUUGGGAACGAAAGAUAUUCGUGUGCCAAUGUCGCAGGGAUUAAUUUACUAUCGGACGUUGCUUGCCCAUGGAAAGGAUGUUAAGCUGACAAUUUACGAUGAUAAUCAUGCAUUGGCUAGUACAGCAGUUCGAGCGAACGCUAAAAUUGAAAUUGCGCAAUUUUUCAAUAAAAUUUCGGGUCAAUCCAUUUUCAGUGAAUAAUAUCAGGUUAAA